UAAGUCGUGCUAGUCUCUAUGUCACCGCGACAUUCAUAACAGUAAGUCGUGCUAGUCUCUCCGUCACCGCGACAUUCAUAACAGUAAGUCGUGCUAGUCUCUAUGUCAUCGCGACAUUCAUAACAGUAAGUCAUGCUAAUCUGCUGGCUGGACUGGUCAACGUGCUGACGGACAUCGUGUGGAAGAACACCAUAGACUGGUAUGCGGGUAACGCAGGCUGUAAGAUUGUACGCUAUAGUCAGAGUGUGGUCACGUACGCUUCAACGUACGCUCUGGUUGCCUUAAGUUUGGAUCGACUCAAUGCCAUAGCCAGGCCCCUCAGUUUCAGUGGAGAUCGAUUACGCAUCCGAGUUCUCAUUGGUCUGGCCUGGGGCUUCGCUCUGGUUUUCUCAAUUCCGAUGUUGGUCAUCAACCGACUGAUGCUCAUCAGUGGCAAGUGGCAGUGCUGGAUCAUGUUCCCUCAGCCCUGGUUCUGGAAG